AUGGCGACUAUUUCAGCCGGUCGGGGCCCAUCCGUUCAUGGCGGUAUGCUCGGCCUCACAGAGGACAUCGACAUGGAAGACGUGAAAGAAGAGGCAGUUCAGCCGCCCAGCAAGACCAAAAAACCAAAGCUGACGCUCGAGCACUUCUUUCAGGAAGCUGGCCUGAAGAAGGUCAUCGGCGAUUGUGCCAAGCUGGAGUUCAAGGGGGAAGGCCACGAGUUCGAGGAUUUGAAGGUGCUGAUGGCCGCAUACAAAAAGUGGUUCAGGGAGAUCUAUCCCUACGAGGACAACUUUGAGGAUUUGAUCUGGAAAUCCCGCACAGUUCUGGCGCAGAAGGAGCCGGACUGCGAUCCUCGUGAAGAGCUGCACAAGCUCAGACUUUGGUACAAGAAAUCGUCGAGUCAGGCCUCAGAACUAAAGAAUGAGGAGGUCAGCAGUCUGGACCCAGAAGUUGCCAAGCGUGUUGCUGAGAAUCGUGCUCGAGCGCUCGAGCGGAAGAGGCAGCGUGAGGCGGCCGUGGAGCAGGCCCAAGAAGAAGCGAUGGCCGCGCAGGCCGCGCAGGCGCAAGCGGAGCCCGACUUCGAGGAGGAAGAUGUUUUCGGCUUCGGCGGCAUGGAGUAG